AACGAACAAGAAACUCGCUGUUUCUUUGAACAUGGGUAAGACUUCGUUGUCAUGAAUUCCCCAACUGCAGCGCAAGUCGUCACCAGCGUCGCGCAACGUCUAAACGGGGACGUGGUGACCGUCACCAUCUCCCGGCCAUCCAAGCUAAACAGCCUAAAUGUGUCUCUAUUGGAGUUGUUUACAAAAACAAUUCAGGAGCUUCCUCAACGAUAUCCUAACUUGAUGGCAGUCGUCAUUACCGGAGAAGGCGGCAAGGCGUUUGUCGGCGGUGCCGACGUCGACGAGAUAAGCAUGGUGGACACCCCCGCAGCAGCCCGCCAGUUCAUCACCAAAUUCCACCUCGCCUUUAAGAGCAUUUGAGAGUGUCCAGCUCCGGUGAUCAGGCGAAUCAAUGGUUACGCGUUGGGAGCGGGCUUGGCCAUCGCUGCAUCCUGCGAUUUUCGGGUGGCUAGCACCAACGCUGUCUUUGGGAUGCCAGAGGUCUGGUUUCGACGUUUCUUUGUGUAUUAUAUGAUAUGAGAUAGAAAAAGGACUGAAUGUGAAUAGGUGCGCAUUGGGGUACCAAGCGUGGUUGAAACAGCUUUAAUACCUGGGUUAAUUGGCUGGGGACGGACGCGUCGAUUGCUCCUGCUCGGUGAGGAUGUCGCAGCUGAGGAAGCUCUUCAAUGGGGUCUGGUUGAAAAGGUCGUCGAGCCAGCUCUCCUCGACCGAGCCGUAGAUGACUGGCUUCAGCAGUUGCAGAAGAAUGGUCCGGUGGCUGUUCGGCAGCAAAAGGCACUCAUGUUGCAAUGGGAGCGGCUGGGGUUGGACGAGGGGAUUCGAGCAGGCAUAUCAGUAUUUGGAGAGUCAUUUGAAGGUGGCAAGAACGGAGAGCUAACAGAGCCUUCUCGAAUGACUGCGGAGUUCUUGAAGAUGAAAGAAAU